UCUACGACUUAAUUGCAAUGGAUAAAGACGAAGAGAAUAACAAGUUUUUAACUGAUGAUACUGACAAAUUGGAUAAUAACACAGAAGCAGAAAUAAUAGAAAUGUCUCAUAAAGAAGUUCAGUUAGUAAGUGAGACAGUGGAGUUUUCUGAUGUUGAUGAUAAUGUGGUAAAAUCAUAUUGUGAAAAGACAGACUCUGAUCAGACAAAAGAGAAAUUUGACUUUGAACAAGAGCAAAUGGAUGUAGAAGAUGUUUCUACCAAUGAACCUGAAAAACUUGUGCCUGACAAAGAAACUGCUGACAGUAAUGGGAGUGCAUGCAAAACUGAAGAAAUAAAUAAGCUUGCAAUGAAAGAUGAUGAUCACAUUGAACAUACACAAAUUCAAGUCGAAGAAGUAACAGGUAUAUUAGAUGAAAAUGAUACAGAAGAAAAAGAUCUGAUUAGUUUUGAGGAAGACUUAAGUGAGGAAGAAGACAUGUCUCGUAAAUGUUUUGCAGCAAAUAAUGUUUCAGACAUAAGUGAAGAAAAAGAUGUGUCUCUCAUUAAACCAGAUGGUACUGGUAUUGAUAAAAAGUUUGAAGAAGAUGAAAGACAAAACUCUACAUGUACAGAUGGAGUUGAAUCUAGUGAAAAUGGCAUAACAUUCAAAGAUGUUAAAGUUGAAAAUGUUGCGCCUGUUUCGAGUGAACAAACUAUUUCAGAAAGUGAUGACUUAAUAACUGUACAGAACAUGGAGAAUUUUGAAUAUGCAACUGAAUCAGUUGAACCUGAAGAGGUAUGUACUCUAAUUGAAGAUUUAAAUGAAAUAGAAAUGAUACCAGAAGUGUAUAAAACAGUUGACUGUAUUGAAUCAAUGGAGCCUGAAAAUGAAACAGAUCAGUGUAAUUUAAGUUCUAGUCAGGUCAAGUCCUAUGAAGCCUCUGAUCUUGAAAACAUCAAGAGGGAAGAAGGUACAUCAGAUUUGUAUCAUCAACUUAUUGAGAAACUUAAACAAGAUGAACAAACAAGUAAGAAAAGGGCUGAGAUUGAGUGUCUGGGUAAUGACAAAGUGGAACAAAUGUAUGCAGAGAAUGAAAUGUUUGAAGAAGGUUUAGAGGCUGAGCAAUGUAUGGAUCUUCUAGAUUAUAUUGCUGCUGAACAAAUUGUAAAUACUGAGGGCGAGGAAGCCUCCAGUAAUAUUUUACAAGUAAUAGAUCUGUCUCAAAACAUUGUGACACAUGUUGAUGAAAACCAAGGUAUAUCGGAGAGUGAUGAGAUAUGUGAUAUUGCAGAUUUCGGGGACAUUGAAGAGAAUGUGAUUAUGAAUGAACAAGAAAUAUUUCGCACUUUGGAAUUAACAUCUGAAGAAAAUAAUGGAAUUGUUCAAGAAAUUCAAUCUGUUGAUGACAAAAUGGUCACAGAAUCUGUCCAUAAUGUUGUUUGCAAUGAUGAGCAACCAAGUGGCAAUGGUAUUGAAUUGUUGCAGGGAAAGGAGCAAGUUGUUUUGAAUGCAAAUGAGAUUGAACAAUGUUCUCUGGUCAAAAAUGGUGUGGAAUUAGAAACAGCAGUACCUGAGAUACAUGAUGUUAAUGAAAGUAAAUUCAUUGUGCAAGGUCAAGAAGAAAAUACAUGUGAAAAUAAUAGUAAUUCUGUACCUGAUAUUGUUCAGGAUGGGUCAAAAUUGGUGAUGCAAGAAAGGACUGGUGCUGUAAAUGAAGCAGAAGAUGUUAUGCAAUUUGCUCUGCUUGAAGACUUAGAAGAAUCAUUAACAGAUGUGUCUGAUCUGGUUGAAUUGAAAAGUGAUCAUGAGAUAUUAAGUUUAGAAGAUAAUCUUAGCCAUCAGAAUAGAGUUAAGCUUGAAAAUGCCCAGGCAGAAAAUGCAAAUAAUGUAAACAUAGAAGAUGAAAAGCAUUUUAAAACAAGUAAUUUAGAAGAGAAUAGAUUGGUUAUUGGCAUAAUUCCUAGCAACACAACAGAAAUGAGCUUUCAUGGUAAAGGUGCUCUUGUGGAUGCAAGUUUGAAGGACAAGGAAGAUGAAGCAUUUAGAAUGGACAGUAUUGAGCUGAUUUGUGAUGAAGAACUGUCAGACACGACCUCUGAGGAAGGUCAUGGAUUUGAUUUACAGAUAUUAGAAACUACAAGUAAUUUAAUGAUGCUUGACAAUGACUUCACAUCACCAACUGAUAGUGAGGGUAGGAUUAUUGUAAAUGCUGCCUUGUCAGAGGAUGAGGAUUAUCAUAAAAUCAUGUCAGGUGACCUUGACAUUGACUCUGAUCAGUGUGACAGCCUUGACCUUGUUCCUGGCUCUGACCUUGAAGAUAGUGGGGUCAAUCAGUGCUUUGAUGAAAGUGAAGAUGUUCAAAAUGAAGAAGAUGAAAGGGAAGAUGUCCAGAAGAAAACAUUUACAAAGUGGAUUAACUCACAACUUUCGAAGUCUGGACGGCCAGUUUUGGAAGAUCUAUUUACAGACCUGAGGGAUGGAACACAUCUUCUGUCCCUCAUUGAAGUCCUCAGUGGUUCUCCUCAGGUGAGAGAGAAGGGUCGUAUGAGAGUUCACCAUAUCAACAAUGUUAACAGAGUACUUGAGGUGCUAGAAAAACAGUGUAAUAUAAAGUUGGUCAACAUUAGCAGUAAUGAUUUAGUUGAUGGCAACCAGAAACUAACACUUGGACUUGUAUGGUCAAUCAUUCUACAUUGGCAGGUGAAGGAUGUUAUGAAAGAUUUGAUGGAUGACCUAAGACAGACAAACUUGGAGAGGACACUACUGGUGUGGUGUAGACAGUCCACCACUGGGUAUGCCUUGGUUGAUGUGAAGAAUUUCACCACCAGCUGGAAAACUGGCCUUGCAUUUAAUGCUUUAAUCCAUCAUUACAAGCCAGACUUGUUCAACUAUGAUGAUUUAUUAACUAAGACACCUGAGGAGUGUCUGGACCAUGCAUUUACUGUUGCUCAUGAACACCUAGGUGUUGACAGACUUCUUGAUCCGGAAGAUGUGAAUGUUGACAGUCCAGACAAGAAGUCUGUUAUGAUGUACCUAAUGUGCCUAUUUAAAGUCCUGCCACAUUCCGACAUUCCCCUUGACCAGAAUGUCGACAUCCCAGUGUCACCUGUAACACCUAUAACACCUGAGUCAAUAUCGGCAUCAGCUAAUGUCGGAAUACAAGAAUCUAAAACAUCAGGGAUGGCAGCAUCAUUAAGCUCCUCGUCUAGUCGACAAAGUACGAUGAGUUCCUCUGGCUCAGUUGACCUACUUUCGUAUCAGGACAGCCUCGAGAACGUACUUACUUGGUUACUGGAGGCAGAAGAAGUGGUAGAAACACAGGAAACUCUGGGAAACACGGUUGUCGUGGUGAAAAAACAGUUCAGUGAACAUGAGGAGUUUAUGUUAGAGUUGACAAAGCAUCAGGAUAGCAUCGGGACAGUGCUGAGGGAAGGAAAUGACCUUAUUGUUGAGGGCAAGGUCAAAAGUGAUGAAGAGAAUGAAAUACGUGUCCAAAUGGGGCUCCUUAAUAACCGCUGGGAGGAGCUACGUCUUAAAGCCCUUGACAGACAGAGCAAGCUUCAGUCUACAUUGAUGUCACUACAACAACAACAACUGGAUGAGCUAGCAGACUGGUUAACAAGGAUGGAGAAAAGAAUCGGUGUAGAGAAGAAGCUUGGAUCAGAUUUGUCCAUGGUUAAACAACAGAUUGAAGAUCAUAAAAAGCUUCAGGAGGAGCUAGAUCAUCAACAGAAAAAGGUUGACAGUCUACAAAACAUGGUUGUUGUUGUAGACGAUAAUAAUACAGAAUCUGCAUGUGAAGCCAUGGAGAGACAGCUGCAAUCAUUGGGUAAACGUUGGGCAACGAUCUGUCAUUGGACAGAGGAACAGUGGCUCCUCCUACAGGAGGUGUUACUCAAAUGGCAGAGCUUCUCCGAGAAUGAGGACAAGUUCGCUGAUUGGCUGUCUAGUAGAGAAACAAUGAUAGAGAAAAUGAAGACCAGUGAUUUGUCAGAUACAAAUGUAGCAGUUGCUCAAGUACAAGAACUUAAGGUGAUAGAAAGAGACAUGGUUGUACAGGUACAGAAGUUUGAGGACCUGUAUGAGUUAGGACAACAAAUCGUACAGUGUGUAAACAAUGAUGAAGCUGUCAAGAAAAUUUCGACAGAUCUUGAAGCUUUCCAAGACAGAUGGAAAAAUUUGGUUGAAAACAUGGAGACACAGAGUAAAAAGAUUGUAAGUCUCGGACUAGAACUUGCUGAGAUUCCAGAAAUCUCCGAGGAACCUAUAGAAGUGUCAGCAGAGGCUAAGCUGAGGAGUACUGCACCUGCGGGGGCCAAAAAACGCAAGGUGGACUCUAGUGUUAAGUUCGAGUUUGAACAAGACAUUAAGAAGUUAGAUGAAUGGUUUGAGAGGGUUGAGUCAGGUUUAGAACUUCUAGCUGGAGAUGAGGAUCAAGAUUCCUUUACAACCGAGGAACAAUGUGUUCUUAUAGAGGACAGUGAGAAUGAGGUAGACGGCCAGUCUAGUACCAUUCAAAGAUUGAUAGCACUAGGUCAGACAUUGUCUAGUGAACUUAGGCAAGAUGGUGAACCUUAUGAAAAUAUUACAAAGUCUACAAACAAUUUAGAGAAACGUUGGGAAUCUUUACAGAAAAUGUUAAGUGAAACAAAACAAAAAGUGGAAUUUAAUGUGAAAUCUAAAAAAUUCUAUGAUGAAUUAAAUUCAUUAAAAGACUUAGUUGGAACUUAUGAAAAGUGGGUUGGUUCCGCAGAAAUUAUAGCUGAGGAUGCUGUGGAUAUAAAUAAACAAGUGGAGCAGUCUAAAAUAAAGCAGAAAGCCAUGAAGACUCAGGCUGACAGGGUGGAGAAAUUAUCCAAUCAAGCCGAGACGUUAUCAAGGGAGACAAAUGAUGCUAAAUUUCAACAAGAUUUUGAUGCUUUCAAUGAGAGAUGGAAAACUACCUUCCAGAAAAUAGGUGAGCGUCAGAGAAAGUUGACCGAUGCCCUAGAGAGGGCGCCACCUAAGGCUUACCUCGAGGCCAGAGAGGCGUUGCUCAGAUGGUUACAUAAUAAUGAAGAAGUUUUGGUCUCCGAGAAAUUCUGUAUCAAAGAACUUGCUGUCAUGGAAAAACAAUUAAAACAGUUUAAGACUUUAGGGGAAGAUCUUCGUGAACAGAGAACCAGUCGAGAUUACAUCAGCAAAACAGGAAAUGACCUCAUCUUGAAAGCGCCCUCUACAGAGAAAGCAGAGAAGUUAGAAGCUGAUCUAAAAAUAGUAACAAAGAAAUGGAACAGUGUAUCUGCUGCCAUGGAAACAAGAAUAAAUGAGUUAGAGACAGCAUGUGAACAGUUAAAGGAAUAUGAGACACAGAGAGAGGGUUUAAUGACGUGGAUGAGAGAGAUGGACAUAUUUCUCCAUGCGGAGGACCCGACAAAGGGCGACCUUCCAACGUUACAAGCCCAGCUUAACGAGAGUACUGAGGCUCAGAAUGAUAUAAAAACAUUACAGAACAACAUGGAUAACAUUAACCACUUGUACAGGAGCAUGUCAGUGAAUACUGACCCAACUUUCGGUGCUAAAUUAACGAAAGAAGUUGAAGAGUUAAAUUCUCAUUGGAAUAAAGUGUUAGAACUAGCGCAGCAGCAGCAUGCGAGAUUAAAAGGCUCGCUAGAUUCUAGUGAAGAAAUAUAUAAUGAGAUUAAGGCAGUGAUUAAAUGGCUUGAGCCUAUAAAAGAGGAUAUUUCUCAUAAGGAUUAUUCUGUGGAAACUUUGAACGAGUUACAGAUGAAGAAUAAAAAAUUUAAGAGUUUGAAGUUAGAGAUGGUAGAGAAAGAUGCGGAGGUAACAAAGUUGAACGAGACAACCAAUGAAAUGUUGAGUAAGGCACCGUCAGGUUCGUUACAGGACCUGGCCAGGUCGUUGAUGCGUAUGAAUACAUUAUGGACACACACAUACAACAUGUUUGUAGCUGCUGUAGAUGAAGAAACUCGCUACCUGGACCGUCUAGAGAGUAAAAUACGACGACCAGUGUCUUCCAGUGCCGAUGCUGAGGACAUCUCAGAACAGAUGGAUGAUAUGGAAUCAUAUUUGAAUGAGCAUUCAUCAGAAAAUAGGGCAACUAUAGAAGAAUUAAAACAGGAGUUGAUUGUGAACAGUAUACUUACAGAUCUAGUCAGGACUGAGUCUGAACAAUACACUAACAGGCUCGAGACUUUAGAAAAACAGGCUAGAGAGAAGAUCAAACUCUUGAGGGAAACCAUCAAGGGGUUCCCAAACAGUAGAGAAACAAAUUUCUGGAGAUGUUUACAGUGGAUGAAAAGGUGGUUGACUUCAAAUCACUUGCCUCUUACUGCUGUUGGUUGGAAUCCCGCUUGGGACUUUGGAUUCUUUCAUCAAAUGAAGGAAGAGUUUCGUCAACAAGAAGAAGUUAUCAAAGCUUUAGAGAAACAAUCAGAAAAAUACAAGGCUGAUGGUAAAGACGAGGCAGCUAGUAGACUAGAUUAUCAACUACAGAUGACUAAGAGACAUCUUGGAGAUCUAACGGUGAAAUUUCAGAAGUUUCAGCGUCCGGCUGACUUUGAGCCGAAACAGAGUCACGUUAAACGUGAGCUUGACGGUAUACUAGAGAGAAUAUACUUGCUGGAGAUACACGGGGACGAUCUGGACCAGUUACAGGACAAACAUGAUCAUUGUAUGAAAUUCUACACAAUAAUGAGUGAGUUAAAGUCGGAGGUAGAGUAUGUGAUAAAGACAGGUCGACAUAUUGUAGAGAAAAGACAAGUUGACUUCCCAGAUAAACUCAAUAAACAACUGGAUGCUUUAAAACAACAGUUUAAUGUCAUUGGUGCUCAGGUGACCGAGGGUAAGACUAAGAUUGAAAAAGCUUUAAAACUGAACAAGAAGUUACGUAAAGAGUCGUCUGCUGUUCAUGAUUUUAUUAAUCGUAGUAACCAGGAGCUUGAUAUACGAGAGAAAUCAGUGACGCCCUCUAGUGUCAAUAAAGAAAUUGCUUUUGCCAAGGCAACACACGAGGAGAUGAUUCGUCGCCAGUCACUGAUCAGUUCCAUGAAAGAUUUGAUACAUCAUCUAGCAGAGCAGACAGAGGAAGGGGUUGUCAUGGAAACAAAAACCAACUAUGAGAAUCUUGUUAGUCAGUGGAACCAGCUGUCGGAGAGACUGACAGCCUGGAUAACUAAAUUACAGUCAGAAGAGAGUAAUGUAGAUGAAGAUUUCCAGAAUUUUCAGAUGUUAUUAAUGAAGUUAAAGGAUUGGUUAACUCAGACCGAGGCUGUUCUACAUACCCACGAUACCCUGUUACCAAAGCAACAAGCUGCUGAUUACUGGACUGGUAAACUUCAGAUGUUACAGAGUGACUGUGUAGAGAAGGCAACUGACGUAGAUGAGGUGAGAGAAUCGGCCGUACAUGUGAUGAGUCAGAGUAACCGAUACACCAGUAUGGUUGAACCAGAACUCACCUACCUCAACCAGAGGUGGGCCGAGCUUAUACAAAGAAUAAAGGAUAAACUUGCUAACCAACCAUCAGAUGAUGCUGACAGUAUAGUUGUUCACUCACCUAAAGAAAUAGAGCACACAGAGGUCAAAGUUGAGGUUGCCAAAACAACUGUUACCAAGACAACAGUAUCCCAGGUGAUGACCUCGAUGGCCCCUGUGUUAUCAACAGACGACAUUGAAGGGUCGGCGACAAAGUUUCAUACACUAUAUGAUACAGCACAGGAAAUGAUCGAGGCUUAUCAGAGAGAUAUAGUUUGUCAUGGUAACCUGCAACAUAAAGACGGCAUAGGAGACCUGCAGGAUAAUGCUAAGAAAUUGGACACCAAUUUACAGAGAAUGAAUGAGAAUGUAGAGAGAUUGAUAUACCAAGGUGACUCGUUGUCAAGGCAACUAGAAGAUGAAGAUCCCUCUGAGAGUUUACGUAUACAAGCCGAGGUAGAAACACUCAAGGAUUCCUGGGAGACGUUAAAAUCUGACUCAGAGAAGAAAAGGAAAACGUUGGUGAUAAUUGUCCCGGAGUGGAUCAAGUUCAAGCAGACGGCAAAAGAUUUAGAGAUGAAUCUCGAUGCCAUGGAUGCCAACAUCAAGGUGGCCAACAUAAAUCGAGAAAUACACAAGAAAUUGCAUUGUGGGAAUAUGGGAGCAGACGACAUUUUGUCGCUGGUGUCAGCACUGACUCUUCUUCUAUCUUUAGUCUUCCUCUGUUUUAUGGCCGGUAUUUUAGGAUUUGGAAUUUUAGUCCUAAAAAAUGCUUUUGAGGAAGAGUUGAAGAGACGUCAGCGUGACCUUGACACCUUACGACAACAGGCACAUCCUCUACGUGAUAAAGGAGCCGGUGCUCUGGUUGAGCCGGAUAUAGAUAGACUUCAGCGACGAUGGCAGGACGUGAACAAUCAGGUUGCUAUGGUACAAUAUCCUCCUAUCACCAUGGAGCCAGCCGUAACAGAAGGUCAGGUGACCCGGACAACGUACACGGUUGUUCAGUCAAGUGUGACACGUGCAAGCUCUCCACGAAGUUCGUCUCAAGUAAAAGUAGAUAUACGUCGGCUUUCCGACCAGAUUGCUGACAUCAACAGACAGUUAACGGGACCAGAACUCGGAGGGAAAGAUUUCGAUGAUUUCACUAAACAAGAGGAUAUACUGAAGGGUAUACAUUGGCACAGGGAGGUACAGAAACGUUUAGAAGAUGCUAAAGCAGGUAUAGAUAGACUGGAUAAUGAGAAAGAAGAGAUAUUUGCUCAAUGUGAACCUGAUGAAAGAAAAAGGUUACGGUCACUACUACAAGAUCUACAUAGUUCCUGGCAGGAUAUUAAUGAAUCUUAUACAGAUAGACACAGGCGAUGGACUCGGGCAGCAGAACAAUGGAGACAGUACCACAAGGACCUGACAACUGUCACAAAAUGGCUGACAGAAACAGAACAAAAACUGGCAGACCUCAAAUAUAUACAAGAUAGCAAACUUUUAGAGAAAUCAUACGCUGAUCUGGAACUAGACAUCCGAGAUCAUCAAGGUACUGUUAACAGUAUGAACGCUGCCGGUAACGAAAUUAUCCGACAAUCUGCGGCACCUGAUUCCAACAAGCUGCGAGAAAAACUUGAAGAUGUGAACCAAAGAUGGAAAAAUAUCUCAACAGAAGUUCUUAAUAGACAAGAUAGAUUGGAGCAGGCCAGUGUGAAGACAAGUGAGUUUACUGACGACAUGGAUGAGAUGUUUUUCUGGAUAGAUGAGACUGAAAAUAUCAUCUCCACUUCUCUCAAACCGGAGGAGCAAUACCUGGAGGAACUCCUCGAGAAAAUGAGGGACCGUGAGGAUGACAUACCUGCCAAGAAGCAGACGGUUGGAGCAAUCAACAGAAGUGGUGAAGUCCUCUUAAAACAUGACACUCUCAGUAAACAGGAUAGGGAUAAUAUACACAAAGAUUUGGAUAACCUUAAUGCCAGGUGGUCUAAGGUAAUGAAUGAGAUUCCGGAGAGUAUCACAAUGGGGAGAAUUGUUACAUCAACAACGCAGGAAGCUGUGAUAACAAAACAACAAAAUGUAAACAAAGUAAACAAGACAUGUGAUCAGUUAAAAUCCGAGUACCAGACAAAUUUACCUGAACCAAUCCAGACAAAGAUGGACAAGCUUAAUAUAGACUGGGUCAUUGUGAAGGAACUGGCAGAGAAAAUGGAGCCUACUCCACUAGACUCAUCUGUACAUGAAGUGUUUGCUCAAGUGAAAGUAUCACAAGCAGCUGCUCAGCCUGGGGUCAAACCUGAUUGGUCAGAUUUUGACCAGUCAGUGGCGGAGCUCCGUGAUUGGUUGACGUUGUUGGAACGUAUGUUGAAGUCUCAACGUGUCACAGUCGGUGAUAUAGAGGAGAUUGAACAGAUGACCAAAAAACAAAAG